UUUAAAAGAUGUUGUAUUUUAGACUUCUGAAGAAUCAGUGAAGAUAACCAAGAAUCAAAACAAAGGAAGCUUGCAAAGAUGAAUGAUCUAAUGACAAAGUCGUUCUUAAGUUAUGUGGAACUGAAGAAACAAGCAGAGAAAGACUUAGAAUCUGACCUUGAUAUCGAGAGAUGCCUAAACCCCACAGAUGAAAGCAACCUCCCUCACUUCUUCCAAGAAGUGGAAUCAAUCAAGGCCGCCAUGGACGAGAUUACCAGUUUCCUCUUCGAUCUUCAAACCCUAAAUGAAGAAACCAAGUCCACUCACAGCACCAAAGUUCUUCGAGGGUUAAGAGAUAGAAUGGAAUCAGACACGGUUUCCAUUCUCAGAAAAGCAAAGAUUGUUAAAGAAAGGCUUGAAUCACUGGAAAGAUCCAAUGCAACCAACAGGAAACAACAAGGGACUUGUGUGGAUCGAACCAGGAUUUCAGUCACCAGUGGUUUGAAAGCUAAGCUUCGGGAAAUGAUGAAGGAUUUCCAGGGCUUGAGGGAAAAGAUUUUAUCCAAUCAAAAACAAGAUCUCAAGAGAAAAUACUACGCCGCCACCGGCGAGUCACUGAGCGAAGAAAUUCUAGGAAAAGUGGUAUCCGGUGGCGAAAAAGUCGAGUUAUUUGCAGAGAAAAAUGAAAGGCACGAGGCUGUCAUUGAUAUCCAAAGAAGUUUGCAGAGGCUUCAUCAGGUGUUCUUAGACAUGGCCGUGCUUGUCGAGGCACAAGGGGAGAAAAUGGAUAAUAUUGAAGAGAAUGUGGCCAACGCAGGUAGCUUCAUCAGUGGCGGAAUCUCUAGUUUACACUAUGCUAAUCAAAUGACGAAGAAGAGGAAAACUUGGGUUUAUUGGGUUUGUGCUGUUGGUCUGAUUAUACUCGUAAUUUGCAUCGUUUCGAUUUUAGCUUCUUGAGAAGCAUAAAGAUCCGGCAAUGUUCAGUUUCUUUAAGUAACGAUUUCAGCAUUUUGGUUCCAUCGUCUCGUCU